CAAGUCACUAGUAUGAACAAGUGGUGGUAGUAGUUGCAAGUGACUAAGAUGCAGGCCGCCAUCUUCGUUCGCAACAAGAAGAACAAGAGAGGCAAAAUCCGCGGCAAAGUCGACCCCCGACUCACCGAGUCGACAGCCCAUCUUUGUACGAAGCCCAUACAACCUUUCCCGCGGUUCAACCCAAUAUUUUUACCGAACGGGAAGAAUGCAUGGAGAACAGACGAGAAGAAAAGUCGGACGAGAAAUCCGAAUCGCAGAAUCAAGGUGGCAGCUGAGGACGAUUCGACAGAUUCAGACGAGGAGGAUGUUAGUAAUGGAGUGUCGCAGCCCAUGACUCAAUCGAACAAAAGCACCAACCCGAACAACAAACAAGGCGGGGUGGUGAAUAUUUUACUCUACCUGGGCUUCUUGUUUAUCUCUGUAGGCCUCAUCCUGACGCUGGUCGGUCAGGGCCAGCGCGGCUUCAAGUCUGAGGAGCUCAAGCUGAUCGGACCGACGCUCAUCAUCAGCGGCGUCGUAUUCAGCUUGUUGCGCGUACUCUUCUGCUCGUGCAACACGUGCAACAAACCCAAACCUUCUGACGAGAAGACGCUCCUCUCGCCUUCCUCCGACACCUUGGACGGCGCCGGUACCAGCAACCCGGCCUUCCAGGGCGAUCACGAUGUCCCAAGACUCCCCCCGCUGAGACAUGUCCAGGGAGCGCCGCGCAUAGUCGGGCCUUCCAACGACAGGUUAUCGCCCCUCGAACCUUCUCUGUCCACCGACCCAGCGUCCGCCAGAGACCCGGCGCCACCUUCGCAGCUGGAGGACGAAGUGGAGGAGGACAUGGCGCUAGGCCUCGACGUCGCAUACGCGGACGACGUGGCGGUGGCAGAGGAGGAACCGCCGCCCCCGCCGCCCGGGUUCACAGUGCGCAUCGUGUCUGAGGUGCCCCCCGCCCAGUUCGGGUUGUUGUUGGGCGUCCAGAACGGGGUUCGUCGGCGACCUCCUCCCGGCCCUCCUUGA